GAAUGUGGUGCUGCUUUUGUAUUUUUUAGAACACGGUAUGCAGCUGUUGUUACGUCAGAGGUUCUUCAGUCAUCCAAUCCCAUGCAUUGGGUUACUGAUCUUGCCCCUGAACCGCAUGAUGUUUAUUGGUCCAAUCUUUGGAUUCCAUACAGACAGCUCUGGUUCCGCAAGAUAGCAAUACUUGUUGCCAGCAUUGUUUUUAUGCUUCUGUUUCUUAUUCCAGUCACUUUUGUGCAAGGUCUAACCCAUUUGGACCAGUUGCAGCAGCUAUUCCCCUUUCUAGAUGGUUUACUAAAGAAGAAGUUUACAAUCGAGAUAGUGUCAGGCUACCUCCCUAGUGUCAUUUUACAAUUGUUCCUAUAUAUUGUUCCACCCGUGAUGCUGCUAUUUUCUUCUGUUGAAGGGUCCAUCUCGCAUAGCACCAGGAAAAGGAGCGCUUGUUGGAAAGUGCUCUACUUCAACAUUUGGAAUGUGUUCUUUGUAAAUGUCUUCUCUGGAUCUUUGAUCAGCCAGAUAAAUGCCAUAUCUAGUCCAAAGGACAUCCCAACUGAGCUCGCGAAAGCUGUGCCGAGUCAGGCUACCUUCUUUAUCACUUAUGUCCUAACCUCAGGUUGGGCAAGUUUAUCCUCUGAAGUAAUGCAGCUCUUUGGCCUUAUAUGGAACUUCAUAAAGAGGCAUAUUUUAAGAUGGAAGGAUGAUCCAGUCUCAGUUCCAUCAUUUCCUUAUCAUACUGAAAUUCCAAGGGUUCUUUUAUUUGGACUUCUUGGCUUCACCUGCUCCGUACUAGCGCCAUUAAUAUUACCUUUCUUGCUGGUCUACUUCUUCCUUGGAUAUGUUGUUUAUCGCAAUCAGAUUCUUAAUGUUUAUUGCUCAAAGUACGAGACGGGAGGACAAAUGUGGCCAAUUGCACACAACGCCACCAUUUUUUCUCUGGUUCUAGCUCAGAUAAUAGCUAUUGGUGUGUUUGGGAUAAAAGAAUCCCCAACUUCAUCAAGUUCCAUCAUUCCUCUUGUGAUUUUGACGCUUCUUUUCAAUGAGUACUGCAGGCAGCGCUUUUCUCCCAUCUUCAAGAAGUUUUCCGCACAGGACCUUAUUGAGAUGGAUAGCGAGGAUGAGCGGUCCGGGCGGCUGGACGAAAUCCUCGAGCAAUUACAUUCAGCAUACUGUCAGUUUCCGGCGGACACCACUGAAUUCUGCAUUCCGGGCAAAGACUCUGUGGUGACAUCUCAAGUUGCUGGUGAGAGUAGUAGUAGUGGUAGUACUUCUAAAGAUGUUGUGAAGAAGAGUGGAGUCCUCCAUUCCACUUCAGGUGGGCUCCCAGUUUCCAGGUUAAAAGAAGCUGUUGCAUCAAUAAGCUUGUUGAUCACAAUUAUGAAUUCUCAAACAUAAAAUUUUCCAUCUUUUGAUCAUUAGUCGUUGUUGUGUAAAUGCCAUUCUUUUGUUUUCAGCCCUUCAUCUUCUUUUUUUUUUUUU